AUGAUGGCCACACGCUUUUCCAGAGCUCUGCCAAGGGCAUCCUCAAUAAGCUCCCGCGCCGCCGGUGUGCUGCGCAAGCCCAUGAAUCCGGCCUUUGCUCGGUUCGAGUCUACGAAUUCAGAUGAGAAGGUCAAGGGUGCCGUCAUCGGCAUCGAUCUGGGUACCACCAACUCCGCCGUUGCCAUCAUGGAGGGCAAGAUCCCCAAGAUCAUCGAGAACUCCGAAGGUGCGCGGACAACACCAUCCGUCGUCGCCUUUGCCGAGGAUGGAGAGCGCCUGGUUGGCGUUGCUGCCAAGAGACAGGCGGUUGUGAACCCGGAGAACACACUCUUCGCCACUAAGCGGUUAAUUGGGCGAAAGUUUAAGGAUGCCGAGGUUCAGCGCGACAUCAAGGAGGUUCCCUACAAGAUUGUGCAGCACUCCAAUGGCGACGCCUGGGUUGAGGCUCGCGGCCAGAAGUACUCGCCGUCCCAGAUCGGCGGUUUCGUCUUGAACAAGAUGAAGGAGACUGCCGAGGCUUACCUCAGUAAGCCCAUCAAGAACGCCGUCGUCACCGUCCCUGCCUACUUCAACGACUCUCAGCGCCAGGCUACCAAGGAUGCUGGUCAAAUUUCCGGCCUGAAUGUUCUGCGUGUCGUCAACGAGCCCACCGCCGCUGCUCUAGCCUAUGGCUUGGAGAAGGAGGCCGAUCGUGUUGUUGCCGUUUAUGAUCUGGGUGGUGGUACCUUUGAUAUCUCGGUCCUCGAGAUUCAGAAUGGCGUCUUCGAGGUCAAGUCGACCAACGGCGAUACCCACCUUGGUGGCGAGGACUUCGAUAUCCAUCUCGUUCGCCACCUCGUCCAACAGUUCAAGAAGGACUCGGGCAUCGAUCUCUCCGGCGACCGCAUGGCCAUCCAGAGAAUUCGCGAGGCUGCCGAGAAGGCCAAGAUUGAGCUUUCCUCGUCGCUGCAAACCGACAUCAACCUUCCCUUCAUCACUGCCGAUUCUUCGGGACCUAAGCACAUCAAUCAGAAGAUGACGCGGUCUCAGCUUGAGAACAUGGUUCAGCCUCUCAUCACUAAGACCAUCGAGCCCGUUCGCAAGGCUCUGAAGGACGCCGGUCUGCAGGCUAAGGAUAUCGAGGAGGUCAUCCUGGUUGGCGGCAUGACCCGUAUGCCCAAGGUUGCCGAGUCCGUCAAGAACAUCUUUGGCCGUGACCCCGCUAAGUCGGUCAACCCCGACGAGGCCGUCGCUAUUGGUGCCGCAAUUCAGGGCGCUGUGCUGUCUGGUGAGGUCAAGGACCUCCUCCUCUUGGACGUCACUCCCCUGUCUCUCGGAAUUGAGACCCUCGGUGGUGUCUUCACUCGUCUGAUCAACCGUAACACAACCAUCCCCACCAAGAAGUCCCAGGUCUUCUCCACGGCGGCCGAUUUCCAGACCGCUGUCGAGAUCAAGGUUUACCAGGGUGAGCGUGAACUCGUCCGCGACAACAAGCUCCUGGGUAACUUCCAGCUUGUCGGUAUCCCCCCUGCUCACCGUGGCGUUCCCCAAAUUGAGGUCACCUUCGACAUUGAUGCCGAUUCCAUUGUCCACGUCCACGCCAAGGACAAGUCCACCAACAAGGACCAGUCCAUCACCAUUGCCUCAGGCUCUGGUCUGUCUGAUGCUGAGAUCUCGCAGAUGGUUGAGGAGUCGGAGAAGUACGCCGAAGAGGAUAAGGAGCGGAAGUCCGCUAUCGAGUCUGCCAACCGGGCCGACAGCGUCCUUAACGACACCGAGAAGGCUCUGAACGAGCACUCCGACAAGCUCGACAAAACCGAGGCUGACCAGAUUCGGGAGAAGAUCAGCUCUCUCCGUGAGUUCGUCGCCAAGAGCCAGUCUGGCGAGGGCAGCGCUACUGCUGCCGAGAUCAAGGAGAAGACCGACGAGCUCCAGGUCGCUAGCUUGAACCUCUUUGACAAGAUGCACAAGGCUCGUGCCGACUCUGGUGAGCAGACAAGCAGCCAGGACGCCGGUGCCGAGGGCGAGAAGAAGGACGAGACCAAGCAAUAA